CGCAUGUGGGGUGCGCCUGUUGUGACCUAUGACAAGCACGUCAACACACACGACUACUCACUCGUGCCCACUGUGGAUAGUUCAGAGAGUGUCAUCUGCUGUGUGGGCUCGGAUGCUGUGCUGCGCAUAUGGGACUGCCAAUCACCUCACCCGCUCGCAGAGAAGAGCUUCGCGGCUGGGUUAGUACACUCUGUGGUCGGUGUACUUGGAGUGUAG